AUGGAGCCUGAGGACUUACCGUCGCCCAGCGAGCUGGAGGAGGAGGAGGAGGAGGAGGCAGAGGCGGCGGAGGAGGAGGGGGCGGAGGCGGGGAACUUGGAAGAGGACGAGGUGGUGAUGGUGGAGGACCUGGAGGAAGAGGAGGGCCGGGAGCUGGGUGCUGACUGUGACUACGAAAACCAGCCUCGGGAGAGUACGGACGACGAGUAUGACGAGGAGGCCCAGGCCUGGCUGCAGGCGCAACCCAGCGGCACUUUGACUCCGCACACGCUCCCGAGGCACCGCUACGCCUUGGACGAACGGGCCGGCUUGGAGAAGAGAACAGAAUCUUGGCAUUGUCUUCCUCAAGUAAUGGACUCUUCCCAAACUGUGACUACACCUCAGACCAAGUUUAAUGUGAGAGAGGAAGAGACCGAAGUGACAGAUUGCCCCUCUCUGGAGGAAGGUGUAUUGACCCAAUCAGAAAAUCAUGUAAAGGAUUCCAACAGAGAUCUCCUAUGUUCUCCGUUGCUUGUCAUACAAGACAACUUUGCUUCUCCUGAUUUGCCUUUGCUCACAUGUUUGAAACAAGAUCAAGAGUUUGGGCCUGAUUCCUUUUUUCAGCGAAGUGAACUAGAUUUUGCACCUCUGAGGGGAAUUCCUGGUAAGUCUGAAGACACUGAAUGGUUUUCUCGACCUUCGGAAGUUAGUGAAGCUCUAUUCCAGGCAGCCUCAAAAGUAGCUUCAGAUUUAGUUAACAGUUGCUUUAGUGUAUCUCAGCACCCACAUACAGGUAGUACAACUGUUGAGUCUCAGUGCUCUUUUUUACCUCCUGAACAAGGGACUAAAGAGACUAUUACAUCUCAAACAGCUGAUGAACUGAAAACCCCCAAAGACUCUGAGAGUUAUGAUGCUCUUUGUUCAUAUAUGUCAUGGAAGACACAAGAAGUUGUACGGGAGCCAGAAACCAGUCUGGCUGAUAAAGAUCAAGCCUCUAUUUCAACUUCAACUGAUAUAAGUGAUGAAUACAUAACUCCUAAAGGAAAUUCAUCUGACACAGUUGAUAACAAUAAAAUUCCUAAGGGGAAUGACAGUUUUAGUGACCCUUUUUCAUAUAUGCAAUGGAACAAGCAGGGAGCUUCACAUUAUCCAGAAGUACCACAUUGUCCAAUCGUGAAAGAGUCGACUUCAGAUUCUUUGGUUUCACAAGACUUAAACCAGCAUACCUUUGAAGAAGUUACAGAUUCCUCAAACUGUAUUUUGGAGGGCCUGCAGGGGAAGGCUGAGUCUGACAUCUGUACUCUGGAUGAUGAUAUUGAAUCCUGUAGCCUAGAUGAAAAUGCUGUUGUAUGCAGUGACAGAGUUGCUGAAGUACAAAGAGAGAUAUGUGACCAAGGUGACUUGACUAAUGAGAGCAUUGAGCUGGUAGGUUUUAAAAAUGUGCUUGAUCGAGACAUUGGUGAAAGCUCCCUACACUGGAAAUCUUUAAAAUUGCCAUCUAAGGAAGAGAGCAGUUUUGAAGAAUCUGUCGAUCACUCUAAUGUGGACAUUAAACAACCUUUUUCAUCUAUAUUGCCUUCACUUGUUACUCAUGAGCCAAUCCGAAAGUUGAAUUACCACCCUGCAGAUCUCAGAAUGUUGAGAAUAUCUCCUGACACUAUGUCAAAGACUUUCAAGCACUUAACAGCCUGGAACCUGAAGUUUAACUUGGCUCAUGAAUAUGAGUGUGGCUACUCAAUUUCAGAAUUAAAUGAAGAUGACCGGAGAAAAGUAGAAGAGAUCAAAGCAAAAUUGUUUCAUCAUGAGGGAACAACUGCUUUGUCCAAGGGUUUACAGAGUCCACAGGGAAUAGGAUGCAAACCUGAAGCUCUAUGUAGUCACAUUAUAAUUGAGAGCCAUGAGAAAGGAUGUUUCAGGACUCUAACUGCUGAACAACAACCACAACUGGAUACACACCCUUGUAUUUUCAGAUCUGCUGAACCCUCAGAAAUGAUCAGAGGACAACGAAGCCCAUCGUCAUGGAGGAGCAGGCACAUUAAUCUUUGUAAAUCACUAGACCAUAGCAAGCCCCAUUUCAAAGUUUGGAAUUCCUUGCAGUUUCAAAGUCAUUCCCCAUUUGAAAACUUUACAGCUGAUGAUUUCAAAAUUAGUGAGGGUCUUCAAAUGCCUUUCCAUGAAAAGAUGGAUCCUUGGCUGUCAGAAUUAGUAGAUCCUGCUUAUAUGCUUCCACCUGAAGAAAUAGAUUGUCAUUUUCCAUCACGUUGUUCAUCACAAUUGCCACCCCCAGAAUCCAUGAAAAAGUUUACGACCUCCAUCACUUUUUCAUCUCACCGGCACUCUAAAUGCAUUUCAGAUUCCUCUGUUUUUAAGGUUGGUGUUACUGAAGGUAGCCAAUGUACUGGAGCAUCUGUGGGGGUAUUUAAUUCUCAUUUCACUGAAGAGGAAAAUCUUUCUAGAGAUCUAAAACAGAAAACCUGUUCUCCUUCAUCAUUUAAAAUUAUUGGUCACUCACCAGAUAAAGCUGUGACUAUUUUAGCAGAAAGUAGUAGACAAAACCAAAAAUCACCUGUUGAGCUUUCUCACCAAGAAGAAAAACCCUUAGAAAGGUCACAUUUUAAAAGUAGUCAUUUUGAGCCCAGUACUCAUGCAAAUUCUAGCAAUUUUAAGGAAGUUCACUUUUCUGAUGACCAUACCUUCAUUAGCAUGGACAGGCCAAGUUCCACACAAUCUGUAAAAGAGAAGAAUGUAACUAUAACUCCAGAUUUUCCUUCGCAAAUUUUCCUUGAACAGCGAGAGCUCUUCGAGCGGUACAAAUUACCACUUACAGGUCAUCAUGUGGGAAAACAUUCUCCCCCUCCUCAGCGUCAGGAUUAUGUGGCUCCAAACCUACCUUGUUGCAUUUUUCUUGAAAAACGAGAACUCUCUGAACAAAGUAAAGCACCACAUGUAGAUCAUCAGAUGAAAGAAAAUGAAUUACCCUCCCCUCAAGGUCAGGAUAGUGUUGCUUCAGACACUCCUUAUUCCAUUUUUCUUGAGCAACGUAAACUCUUUGAACAAAGCAAAGCCCCAAAUAAAGAUUACCACAUAAGAAAACACCCUUCUCCCCUUCCUCAAGAUAAGGAUUGUAUAGUAGAAAAGAAGAAUCAACAUAAAUAUAAAUCACACAUUAGUAAUGUGAUAAAUAUUGAACCCAACUCCAAUAAUGUGGUCUCCCAGUCAACCCCAAAUCAGUAUACAUCAGUAACAUCUGCAUCUACUCCACCUUCAAAUAGAAAAGCAAUUUCUUGUGUUCGUAUAACUUUUGGUCCCAAGACUCCUUCCAAGUUGGAUAGUGGAACCUUAGAUACGACAUUUCAUUCACUGGAUCCUGCUGCUAAAACAAGGAUGAAUAGUGAGCUUAACUCUGACCCACAAACUAUAUCUUCAAGAUCAUUGGAACCGGCCUCCAAAUUAUUGACCAGUAAACCUAUAGUGCGAGGUCAAGAAUUUCUAGAUUUUCUAGGACCAAAAUCUUCACCGGAUUUACAAGUUGUACAGUCUCCUCUUCCAGAGAGUAAUACUCAGGACUUGAAAAUUACACCUUUUCAAAAUAGUCAGUCAGUAACUUCAAGGCAAACACAAGUGAACAUUUCAGAUUUGGAAGGAUAUUCCAAUCCAGAAGGUACUCCAGUAUCUGCAGAUAGACCUUCAGAAGAGAUUAAGACACCAUUUUCAGCCUUUUCUGGAAAAUUAUCAUCUGAUGCAGUCACUCAGAUAACAACAGAAAGUCCAGAUAAAACUUUGCUUUCAUCUGAGAUUUUUAUUACUGAUCAAGAUCUUACACAGGCAAUUCCAGAACCCAAAACCCAAAAGAUCCUCAGCAAAGUUCCCAUAAAACUUGCUUCCUCAUCAUCAAUCCAACAGAUUACUGUUUCUCGUGGCACAGAUGCCCAGCCUUCAUUGUUGCCAUAUAAACCUUCUGGGGAGAUGAAGAUGUACUAUGUUCCACAAUUAAAACAAAUUCCUUCAUCUAUGGAUUCCAAAUCAGACACCACUAUUGAAAGCUCACACUCAGGGUCCAAUGAUGCCAUUGCUCCAGAUUUUCCUGCUCAGGUGCUAGGCACACGGGAUGAUGACCUGGCAGUCACUGUUAACAUUAAACAUAAAGAGGGGAUCUACAGUAAGCGGCCAGUGGCCAAGGCAUCCUCAUCAGUGGGGCAAAAACCCUUUCAGAAAGAUAAUGCAGAUGCUCAAGUUCAGGUUACCACCACUAAGGAUGAGAGACUCUUAGACAAAAACCAGAAAGAGGAAAUUCACAGUAAGUGGGGAGUGACUGUGGACGCACAAUCUGAAGAGAAAGAAUCCUUGCAGAAAGACACUACAGGUUCCAGUGAUGCUGCUGCUACAGGGAGCUUAGCUCAACUACCAGACACAAAAACUGAAAAUUUACCAGACACUAAAGAAAUUAAGCAAAUAGAGGAAGCCCAUACUGAGAUGCCAGUGACAAAGGAAGCCUGGUCAGAAAAUAAAACAUCCUUACAGAUAGAUAUUGCAGGACCUGGAUUUGAAAAUACAACCCAUUCUGUCUUCAGGUCAGCCAAAUUUUACUUUCAUCAUCCAGUACACCUGUCAAAUGAUCAAGAUUUUAGUCAUGAAUCUUUAGGAAGGACUGUUUUCAUGGGGCAUGCUUGGAAAGAUUUCUUUCAGCAUCAUCCAGACAACCAUAGAGAACAGACUUCUCUUCCUCCCCCUAAUCAAGAUGCAGAAAAGAGAACAACAGACUAUACCAAAAUAGAGAGCCUCAGUAUCAAUGUGAAUUUGGAAAACAAAGACGCAGUGCAUAACCAGACUAGAGAUUAUUUAAAACUUGACCAGAAAAUUAAUGAUCCAAAAAGGGAUCAUAAGAUCAUCCCAGAACAAACAACUCAACACACUGCAAGCUUGAAUGAACUCUGGAACAAGUAUCAGGAGAGACAGAGGCAACAGAAGCCUUCUGAGUUCACAGACAGGAAAGAAUUAUCCUUGGUGGAGCGACUUGAUCGUUUGGCUAAACUUCUUCAGAAUCCCAUUACACAUACUCUUCAGGCUGCAGAAAGCACACAAGAUGAUAGCAAAGAGGAACAAGAUGUUAAAGAAGGGAGUGGUAAACAGCAACAGCAGAAAAACAAGCUUCAAAAAAAAAAGCGAUAUAAAGGUCUAGAGAAAUGCUAUAAAACUACAGAUCUUAAAAAAAACAAGGUGUUUCCUACUCGUCAAAUUGGGAGAUCCAAUCAGAUUAAAAUUGAGCAAAUUAAAUUUGAUAAAUAUAUUCUGAGAAGACAGCCAGGGUGUCAUUAUACAAACAACACUUCUUCAGAUUCUAGGCCUUCAGAGGAGAGUGAUUUGCUCACAGAUACUCCCACCAACAUCCUUUCCCCCACCACUUCUGUGGAUUCAGAUAUAUUGACUCAAACAGAUAAAGAAGUGACAUAUGAAAGGAGCAGCUCUAUUUCUACCAUUGACACUGCCCGAUUGAUUCAAGCUUUUGGACAUGAAAGAGUUUGUCUGUCACCCAGGCAAAUUAAAUUAUACAGCAGCAUUACUGACCAUCAGAGAAGAUACCUUGAGAAGCGGAGCAAGAACAAGAGAGCACUGAAUAUAGGUCAUCCCCAAAUGACCUCUGAGCACACCAGAAGGAAACACAUCCAGGUUUCUAACCAAGUGAUUUCCUCUGACUCUAUUUCAUCUCCUACCAAUAGUUUCUGGAGCUUGAGCUCUACUUUUUGCAACAAGCAAAAUGUACAAAUGUUAAACAAAGGAGUACAAGCAGGUAAUUUGGAGAUUGUGAAUGGUGUCAAAAAACACACUCGAGAUGUUGGGUUGACCUUCCCAACUCCAGUUUCUAGUGAGGCUAAAGUAGAAGAGGAUAGUGAUGUGGCUUCUUGGUCAGAAGAUAAGAUAGAAGAGAAAAUGCUCCUUACCAGCUAUGUCGGGGACAGAAAAUCAAGGAAGAACAAACAGAGGUGCUGUGAAGGAGUUUCCUGGUUUGUUCCUGUGGAAAAUGUGAAAUCUGGAUCUAAGAAGGAAAACCUACCCAACAAGUUUUAUGGUCCUGGUAUCGCCUGGUUUGCACCAAUAACCAACACUAAACCUUGGAGGGAGCCACUGCGGGAACAUAACUGGCAAGGGCAGUGUGUGGACAGCCACAGACCUCUGGCAGGGCCAGGCAGAGAUCCACCAAGGCCAUUUGUGAGAGCAACUUUACAGGAAUCACUUUGGCUACACAGACCUGAUUUCAUCUCUCGCUCUGGGGAGCGCAUAAAGCGCUUGAAGUUAAUAGUUCAAGAGAGGAAGCUGCAGAACAUGUUACAGAGUGAACGGGAGGCACUGUUCAACACUGUGAGAGAAUGGCAGUGCUAUCGGGACCCCAUGCACCCACUCUCUAAAAGAGGCUUCCUGGCUGCCCAAAAGAACAGACCUAUUGGAAAGAAAGAAAUGAUUCAGAGGUCUAAACGGAUUUAUGAGCAGCUUCCAGAAGUCCAGAAAAAGAGAGAAGAGGAAAAGAGGAGAUCGGAAUAUAAGUCAUACCGACUGCGAGCCCAGCUAUAUAAAAAGAAAGUGACCAAUCAACUCUUGGGGAGAAAAGUUCCCUGGGACUGACCUAAGAUUAUUUUCCUCAGAGCCUUGGAAUCAUAUUUUAUCAACAUGGAGAAGCACAACCCUUACUUUUAUGAAUCUGGCUUAAUAAAACUUAAUCUUCA